ACCAAUCAAUGUCCCAGUGCAGACCAAACAUACAUCAUCAUCAUCGCAUGGUGUGAAGGGACCUGGCGCUCACACAGGAAGAAGGCGCCGGUCCCGCACAUACACAGAUGAAGAGGGGGGGGAUUAGACGAAGAAGAGGAACGAGUUGACCACAUAGUCGCAACGCUCGGCGACAUCAACAUCUUCGCCGCACCAGCCACCAUCAACGAGCAGCUCGGCACCUUGCAGGCCGAACUUAGGCAGCUACACCAGCCACCCGACAACAAUCGCAGCACCGGUGCAUCAAAGCACUACAAGAUGGCGACGUUCCGGAUCGAGAAGUUUGACGACUAUACGCAUCAGGACCCAGUCGUCUGGUGGCAAGGCUUUACAACGGAGCUUGGGAUUCAUGAGGUCCUCGAACAUUUGUACAUCGCGGCGCUGUUCAACGUCAAGGGCGGAUGGCAAAUCUGGCUCAGCCACAUGGCAACCAUCCACGGCGUCAAGGUCAACAACUUACACAAGUACAUCUCUUGGGAAGAUCUAACGAGAGAAUGGAAGAAGCGGUUCAUUGUUGACGAUGCCCCGACGCUCGCCAUCAACCGCCUCUUUGCCAUGACUCAAGGCAACACAUCGAUGUGCGAUUUGCCCACGGAGUGGCAAAAGAUCGCGGCAACACCCGAUCUCGACUUGUCAUUUCCUCAUCGGCGCCGAGAGUUCUACAGCCGAUCGUGUGCCGCCUUGAGCCUCGCAUUCGGAAAUCGCGAAAUCAUCCACAAGGGUUGUGAGAUCAUCAAGAGCAAUCGGGCUGCUGCACAUAAGAAGACAUUGUGGCAGCCAGCCCAUGUGGAGAAAGGAAAAUUUGGUCUGCGUCCGCAGCAAGUCGUUGCAGUCCAACCGGACAACAUUGUGGAAGAUUUGAAAACCACUCCAACAUCACGUGAGGGAGAUCAGGUGGCCGCCGUCGAGCCGCGAAGCAACAACAACUGUCGUGGAAAAGGGAGGGCGAGAACCGCAUCGCCAGCUGAAACGGAUAGCCAGUACCAUGGGUCAAUGCCAGCUCCGUUGAUGGACGUUGGAGUAGAGGUUGUUGAUUUUCACGACUACGUUGCGAAGACCGACCGCGAGUUCAAGACACAACGGUACGACGACAUCGACGCGCCAUUGUUGUACAUACACAUUCAGAUCGGAAAGGCGACCUGCAACGCUUUGAUUGAUUGCGGAGCUAGUCGCAAAUACAUUAGCCAAGACUUUAUGGUACUCGCUGUCCUUGGGUCACGCGUUCGGAGGAAGCCGCAGCCCACGCAAGUCAUGUUGGCCGACGGUCACACGCACAAGUCAAUCGACCGGUGCAUUGAUUCCGUCCCCGUGUACUUUUGCCCUCAUGCAAGCGAGGCCGUAUCCUUUGACAUUUUGGACACCCAAUCCGACAUGAUUUUGAGCAUGUCAUGGCUGCGAAGCGAGGAUCACCCAGUGAACUUCUACCGCUGCACCGUUCACGUUCGUGAUCGGAAUGGAGUACUUGUCCCAUGCACGGUGCCUCCUCCUUACCCUUCAAUCAGCUGCCAUGUGGUGUCCGCCGCUAGCAUUUGAGCUUCCAUCACCAGGGACGACAUUCAGGAAAUGGGGGGGUGUUUUCUUCACGGGGCAUAAGCUUUCCUUCCCUAAGGGGUUGUCACCACCCCUAGAGGCAUAUCCCUACCGAGUUACUGACCGACGUGCGAAAGCUUUUAAAUG